AUGGAAUUCUACAACUACCAAGAGUUUUUCGAGCAUGCUGCCAAGCUCAUUGGAGAGGAAAACAUAUCCAGAGACUACUCGACAGGCGCACUCUCAGGAACUCAGGGUCAAGUUUCCUAUGGUGACCCAUUUUGUCCAGAAACGACACAUCAAUCAAAAGGUGCUAUCAGACCUGGAUCUGUAGAAGAGGCUCAGGGCAUACUGAAACUGGAAACCCGAUUUCAUGUCCCGUUAUGGACAGUCUCGCGUGUUCUCAAAGAUAUGGCGGAUCUGCGCCAGUGA